AACAAGGUGCAUUCAUGAUGCAAUUUUAUCUUUUUAGACAAUUCACGUUGUUUUGCUCCAAGUAUAUUCAAUGCAUGUACCUUUCUUUUUCUGAAACGUGUAUUUCACUUCAAAUACUAUCCAUCCAUACUAUCUUUAAGGAAAAACCCGUUUAUGAUUUAUACAUGUUCUCGUUCUUUCUUACCUAGCCCCAGUGUACAAAGGUUUCAAGGAUUUCUACAAAAGACAUGGAUCGCAUUCAACGGGCGUUCAUUUCUAUAAAUGUAUUGUAUGUACAACGUAUGUGUACUACUGACUUUUUGAAAAAGAAAUGUUUACCGAAAGGUAAAAAAGAAAGAAAAAGUGAUGAUGCGACUAAUG